GUCAACCCAACGCGUGCACGCGCCGUCGCAUUUUUUGAACAGUCGUAAUUUUUGUGUAAUUUGAACUGUUAUUUUGUAAUUAUUAUAAGUGUUUCUGCAAAAACCUAAGACACCAUAAUGGUCAAAUCUGCUAAAAAGCUGAAGCGGAAAUCCCUGAACGGUUCCCAGUGGGAAGAGGCGGCACUAUCAGACGAUGAGCCGCCGAAGCGGAAACUCGUCGUUGCACCGCCUGAAAGCGACGAAGACGACGACGAGGAAGAUGUCGUGAGCGACCAUUCGGAACCUGAGAGCGAGCAAAAUUCCGAAGCAAACGAUGACUCGGAACCGGAAUCGGAAGAAUCUGAACCUAAACGCAGCAAAGUAAAACUGGUCACACCGUUGAAAAAGAAGAAAACCGGCAUCAUCUACAUCUCGUCGAUUCCGAAGCAUAUGAACGUGACGAUUCUGAGGGAACUGCUCGAACCGUACGGUGAUGUGGGGAGGAUCUAUUUGCAACCGGAGCGGAAAGACGGUGCGAUUAAGAAGAAAACGGCCAAAGGAAAGCGUGCCAUGCUGCGGUACACCGAGGGUUGGGUGGAAUUCAAACGGAAGCGGGUGGCCAAGGCGGUCGUCCAGCACCUCAACACCAAACCGAUCAGCGCCAAGAAGAAGUCGGUGUUCUGUGAUAUCCUGUGGAGCAUGAAGUACCUGCCGCGGUUCAAGUGGAUCCACCUGAGCGAACGGUUGGCCUACGAGCGAGCCGUGUACAAGCAGAAACUUCGGACGGAGAUCGCCCAGGCCCGGAAGGAGGCCAGCUUCUUCCAGAGCCAUCUGGAUCAGAGCGAGGCGGUGCGGAAAAAGGCGAAGAAGGAAAAGAAGGCGAAUAAAGAGUAGGUUCGGAUCAAGUAA